AUGGGAAAAGCUAAAGAUCUGUCUCCAAGGAAAAUUUCCGAAAUUAAAACUUUAUUAUUGCAUACUGGGCAUUCCCAAAGAAAGAUUGCAUCGAUUGCUAAUGUUUCGAGGGCAUCAGUUGACCGAAUAAAAAAAAAACUUGACACAAAUGUGGACCUGACGCCGAAACGUGCGAAAAAUUGUGGACGAAAGAAAAUUACCACGCCACGUGAUGAAAGAAAAAUCAGGGAUAUCUGUGUUGAAAACAGGAAGGCACCUCGGAAGAUUCUUACGAAGAAGGUACAGGACGCUGGAAUCAACAUUUCCCUAGCAACAGUUCGUCGACGCAUGAAAGACUUGGGGUUCAUUUGUCGUCGACCGGCUAAAAAAACUCUUCUUACACAGGCUAUGAUGUCAAAGCGUUUACAAUGGGCAAAAGAACACCAGAACUGGACUGCUGAAGACUGGAAUAAGGUUUGUUUUUCUGAUGAAUCGUCAGUGCAAAUUUUGUCGGACAAAACCGUAUUUGUAAGAAGAAAGAAGGGUGAGAAAUUCAAAGAAGAUUGCAUAAUCAAGCGAGUGAAGCACCCAUUCAGCAUCAUGGUAUGGUCCAUAAUAAGCAGCAAAGGCACUGGUCGUCUAUACAUUGUGGAGGGAACGAUGCGGCAGGAUCAAUAUAUCCAGGUCCUUGAGACAAAAAUGCUGCCACAGGUCCAGGAGUGGUUUCCGAACGGCGAAUUUACGUUCAUGCAUGACUCUGCUCCUUGCCGCAAAGAAAAAAAGGUCACGAAAUUUUUAAAUGCCCAGAAAGUAAAAGUUCUUGACUGGCCUGGGAAUUCGCCGGACCUCAAUCCCAUAGAGAAACUCUGGGAGUUGAUGAAACGAGAAAUUUCCAGAGAACUCAUCACUAAUAAACGCCAACUGAUCGAGCGUUUGAUAGAUGUUUGGCACCGGAGUGAAUCAAUUAAGAUAAAAUGUAUCGAAAGUAUGCCCAGGAGAAUUCAGGCGGUUAUAGAAGCAAAAGGCGGUGUCACUAAAUACUGA